AUGGCCCCCACUGCGGGUACUCCACCGGCUCUGGCCUCGACUCGAAGUCUGGGUAUGUAUGCCACAGUGACAGCAAUGAGUAAGAUAGUGGUGGUGGUACUUUUGCUUCCGGCCGGAUCAGCGGGUGCUAGCCCGGGUGCUAGUAUAGUAACUGUUGUGGAUCAUGUUGAUAGUGAUACGGAUGGGAUGCUGUUCCUGUCUCAGUUAGUGAGAGCUUGCUGUGUCUGUGCUUUGUCUUCGGCAGUUGAGAUGGCUAUUACCGGGUUGGCUAGAGUGGAGAGGUCAAAUGCUGUCCAGACUCUGGACUGGUUGCUGAAGAAUGGGGAUCCACUUGGAUACAACAAGUACGUUAUCACACCAUCCGUAGUAUGGGUAAAAGAUCUGAUAAUUACUAGUUAA